AUGCUAAAAAAACUCAAACCUAUCCUCUUUUCUGUAUCAACCUUAGGUGUAGGUUAUUUUUUUGUUUAAAGAGAACUCAAUAUUAAUUUGGGAAUAUUUGAUACAUUUUAUUAUCAACUUUAUAAAUACUCUCCUCAUUAUGCUGUUCAAUUUAUGAAGAUUAUGUGUUAUUAAAAUUUAUUAUGGAAAUAAGAUAUUCCUAUAAAAGAAUAGAAUAUUAAUAACUAAAUAAAAUUAAAGAAUUAACUUGGAUUAGCUAGUGGAUUUGAUAAUGAUGGUUCAUUUAUCGAAACCUUAUAAAAUUUAGGAUUUGGUUUUAUUGAAAUAGGUUCAAUAGCAGCUUAAAAAAAUAUAAGGUUUAGUGAAGAUUUGAAUACUUAUACAUUAAAAGUAAAUUAAAUCAAAUAUUACAGAAUAAUAGCAUUGAGUAUUAAAGUGAAAUUCCAUAAAUGGGUAUAUUACAAAGUAAAGCCAUAUUGACUUCACUUAGAAGAAAUUAUGCAAUAAAAAUACCUAUUGGAGUUAAUAUUAUGCCGUCAGAAGAAAUUUAUAAAUAUACACCAUAUUUGAUUGAAAAUGAUAUUUCUAAUGUUACAAGGUAUAAUAUUUUUAAAAAAUUAGAGAAUUAUGUUCUGUAGCUGAUUUUAUUGUACUUAAUCUUGUAAGUAGUCAAAGAACUAAUAAAUUAUAUAGUGAAAUUGUUAUCAAUAAUACAGAUUUAAUUAAAAAGAUGAUUUAAACUAUUUAAAUCACUUAAAUUGAAGAAAUAGGAUUAUAAGCUGCUUUAGAUCAUGAAACUAAAAAUGAAUUGAAAGGAGAGAAUUUAAUUAGUGAAUACUUAAGCACUACUUAACUUGGAUUAAAAUAGUAAUAUUUAUUUAUUAUAUAAGAAAUUUAGUUGCUCCAUUAUAUAUUAAAAUAUAAUCAAAUCUAUAAAAAAACAUUCUUGAUUUAUUAAUGAAAGAAGCUAAUGGAAAUUAAAUUUAAGGAAUUAUUCUUUAAAAAGAUAUAAAUUAAAAUGAUUUAGAAUAUAAUUAAACACUUAAAUAAAUUAGAUAAUAAAUUCCUAAAUCAUGCACUUUAAUUAGUGUUGGAGGAAUUAAAACUAAAGAAUAAUAUUAGGAAAGAUUAAAUAAUGGAGCUGAUGCUUGUUAAAUAUUUUCAUCUUUUCUUGCAUAAGUAAUAUUAAAUAUGAUAAUUUAUAGGGACCUCAAGUAAUCAAAGAUAUUUUGUUGUGA